AUAUAAUCAGUAGCAAUAUUAAUCCAAUUCACAGUCGUGAAUUAGCUUUACCGUGAGAAAGAAGUAAAUACUAAACGCAACAUGACCUCAGUAAAGUUCGCACUUAUUCUAUUCGUCGCUUGCAUCGCCUUUAUUGGGAUUGAAACGUCACCCAUCAACGGCGACUCUUGGAAACUUGGCUUUUGUGAUGAAAACGAGGUCUAUGAUUCCAUGCGGCGUGGGUGUGAAGAGCAUUGUGAUGAUCGCAACCCAACAUUCUGCUCUAAGUUUACGACAGUGUGCUGGUGCAAAAAAGGGUACAUUAGAGAUGAUUCGGAUACUUGCAUCAAAGUUGAAGAUUGUCCUAACGUAUCUGCAGACCUUGAGUUCUCCGAAACAAUCAUCGACACCUUCUACGUAUCAUAUGAAUGGAAAUUGGACUAACUAACGGACUGAUGAAAUACUAACGAAAAAAUAAACGAUCAUUUUGCAUGUUACCGUAUUCCUAUUAUUCUUCCCUCACUCAUUCAAACUCCAAAUUAGUCUAGUACUAAAACACUUCUGGGAUUAGGAAAACGCUAAUAGUCAAUCACGAGAAUAGGGAUACAGUAGUUGAUGAAACUGCCGCAAGGGUCGCUGGCUGCAGCACCCCUAUUGUCUUUUGCUUUCAAAGAUUCCUCCCACAUGGAUUCAACAGAGACAGAUGAUAUUCGAGGUUUUUGCAUCAAUCUAAUUCAUCCUCAUACCAAGAAGAACUUAUUUAUACUUUGAUAACAAUAUUAUUGAUAACACUAGGUAUCUACUACGAAAAAAAAAAAAUCUGUCUAUCGGUUGACCCUGCGGGCCAUCCCCAAAACUUCCCGCUGUUUUUGAGCUCCUUGAGCUCGAAAACAUUGUUGUGAGUACAUUUUCGAGCUCUUCGAGCUCGAAAAUACUAUUGUAUUCCAUUCUUUUCGAAAAAAAACCGUUUGUUGGAAUUUCUUUUGCCCACGAUAUCUCACGAACGACUGAACCAAUUGUGAUGGUUGAGGCGGCAAUCGACGUGUUUUAUUGAGUUCUAGAG